AUGGCAUUUUCUUCGCUCAAUUCAAUUCCUCUUUCAUCGUCUUCCUCUCUUACCGCUCCUUCCCUUCGCGCAUUCUCCUUCUCCUCCACUCUUCCAUUUCCCCAAUCUAAUUUCCACUUUCACCAAAACAGGAACCACCAUUCCAACUUCACCGUUAAAGCAGAAGCCCUAGAUUUUGCCAGUUCGUUCCUUGAAGACGGAUUUGGUCCAGAAGAUGUCCCGUUUUCUUCCGGAUCCGGUUUUGGUUCAGGCGGUGACCCGUUCAAUGUCGGAGCCGGUUUUGCUGCCGUUGAAGAAAAACCGGAACCACAAUGCCCGCCCGGACUCAGACAGUACGAAAGCAUGGUGAUUUUGAGACCUGAUAUGUCUGAAGAUGAGCGUCUUGCAGCCACUCAGAAAUAUGAGGAGCUUCUUGUUGCUGGAGGUGGCAUGUAUGUAGAGGUUUUUAACCGGGGUAUUGUUCCACUAUCAUAUUGCAUCAUGAAGAAAAACAAAGAUGGAGAAUCUAACACCUAUAUGGACGGCAUCUACCUCUUAUUCACCUACUUCACAAAGCCGGAGUCCAUGAAAGCCCUUGAGCAGACACUAUUGACGGAUGACAAUGUUCUCCGAUCAACAAGCUUCAAGAUCAUCAAGAAAAAGAAAAAUACCUUGAUAUUUUGA